AUGAACAAUAUUUUGAAUAAACUUCUAUCUGCAUCUACGGAUCCCCUCCAAAACAAUCAUGAGCUCAUCAAGAUCCCACUCUUCGUAUUACUGAUAGGAUCUGUUGUGGCGUCCGCGAUCAUUUACUUGCGUGCACUGAGGCGCCGGAGAGCCGCAAACCAAGAUAUAGAACUGGGGGAACAAGGCUUGGGGAAUCGCGAUCGGGCUGCUUCGUCGACAACAGAAUCAACACAGACUAGAGCCGUGGCUGAUCUGAACGUCGGCACUGGAGCUGAAUUUACGGCCGGAGCUGAGAUAAGUCGAUGUGAAGCUGAAGCCGGUGAUGAUUUUGAGGGCGGAAAUGAACAUGGGUUUGCGGACGGGGUUGAAGCAUGCGCUUAG